AUGGGAUUCCUCUACAUCCCCAUCGACGAGCCAAAAUACGAACAACUCCAAGCAACGCUUCGGCAAGACCCAUCUCUUUGCUUAAACCACGAAGCUCUAAUCCCCGAGGACCAGAAAGAGGCGCUGUGCAAGGCAGCUAGAAUUCUGAAGCUGAUGCCUGCCACAGCUCCUCAGGAUGCGAAUGUACGGCUAUGCUGGAGAUACAGCGUUGGGAAUCCUGAGGGGCUGUGUGAGGAGAUUCUGGACCGGGGUGAUGGUACUACGUCGAUUGUGCCGAAAAUGGCGGAGAGGCUGGUGGGGAGGCCGUGGCUUGUAACAGGCGAGGCUAGGGACGUGUGGCCGUGGGUCAUGCAGGGGUGGGAGUGA